AUGGAGGAGAAGGCAGUGGCCAUAAAGUGGGUCAAGAUGGGCUUCCAAAAGGUCUUUAGGGAAUUGGCCAUGGAGACGGUCAUGAGCAAGGUAGAGAUCAUAGAGUUUGACCAACAGGGCAGCCAGAAAAACAGAGAGUGUUUCUGGAGGAGGCCUGCAGCCUCAUCAGAUUUGGACCUGAGCUCAACCAACACUGGACCCAGUGCAACCUCCAGUGGGACUAGGACAGCCUCCAACACUAUAGCCAGCACGACCUAUGGUGGUACCAGCACAGCCACCAACUCUGGAUCUCAAGUGACCUCCAGUGGAUCCAGCACAACCUCCAAUACUGAAACCAGCAUGACCUCUGGAGGGACCAGCACAACUUCCAAUACCGGAUCCAGCCUGACCUCUGGAGGAACCAGCAUACCUGUCAACACUGGAUCCAGCGCAACCUCUGGGGGGACCAGCACAGCCUCCAAUACUGGAUCCAGCCUGACCUCUGGAGGGAGCAGCGCAACCUCCAACACUGGAUCCAGCACAACCCCUGGGGGGACCAGCACAGCCUCCAAUACUGGAUCCAGCAUGAUCUCUGGAGGGAGCAGCACAACCUCCAAUACUGGAUCUAGCCUGACCUCUGGAGGGACCAGCACACCUGUCAACACUGGAUCCAGCACAACCUCCAGUGGGACUAGGACAGCCUCCAACACUAUAGCCAGCACGACCUAUGGUGGUACCAGCACAGCCACCAACUCUGGAUCCCAAGUGACCUCCAGUGGAUCCAGCACAACCUCCAAUACUGAAACCAGCAUGACCUCUGGAGGGACCAGCACACCUGUCAACACUGGAUCCAGUGCAACCUCCAGUGGGACUAGGACAGCCUCCAACACUAUAGCCAGCACGACCUAUGGUGGUACCAGCACAGCCACCAACUCUGGAUCCCAAGUGACCUCCAGUGGAUCCAGCACAACCUCCAAUACUGAAACCAGCAUGACCUCUGGAGGGACCAGCGCAACUUCCAAUACUGGAUCCAGCCUGACCUCUGGAGGGACCAGCACACCUGUCAACACUGGAUCCAGCGCAACCUCUGGGGGGACCAGCACAGCCUCCAAUACUGGAUCCAGCCUGACCUCUGGAGGGAGCAGCGCAACCUCCAACACUGGAUCCAGCACAACCCCUGGGGGGACCAGCACAGCCUCCAAUACUGGAUCCAGCCUGACCUCAGGAGGGAGCAGCACAACCUCCAAUACUGGAUCCAGCCUGACCUCUGGAGGAACCAGCACACCUGUCAACACUGGAUCCGGCGCAACCUCUGGGGGGACCAGCACAGCCUCCAAUACUGGAUCCAGCCUGACCUCUGGAGGGAGCAGCGCAACCUCCAACACUGGAUCCAGCACAACCCCUGGGGGGACCAGCACAGCCUCCAAUACUGGAUCCAGCAUGACCUCUGGAGGGACCAGCACAACCUCCAAUACUGGAUCCAGCCUGACCUCUGGAGGGACCAGCACACCUGUCAACACUGGAUCCAGCACAACCUCCAGUGGGACUAGGACAGCCUCCAACACUAUAGCCAGCACGACCUAUGGUGGUACCAGCACAGCCACCAACUCUGGAUCUCAAGUGACCUCCAGAGGCUCUGGUACACCCUUGACAACUGGAAUAAUCACAACUUCCAACAGUACUAGCACAAGUGCUGGAACUACAGUGAAUGAAGGGCCCAGUGGGUCCCUGAAGCCAUGGGAAAUCUUCCUCAUCUCUCUGGUCUCGGUUACAGUGGCUGUGGGAUUCUUUGUUGGGCUCUACUUCUGUGUGAGAAACUCCCUGUCCCUGAGAAAUGUCUUUGACACAGCUGUCUAUCCACUCCAUGGCCCAAACCUCGGCCCAGGCCCUGGAGGGAAUCACACAGUCCACCACCGGUCUAGGUGGAGCCCUAAUGGAUUCUGGAGGAGACCGGUAUCCUCAGUGGCCAUGGAGCUGAGAGAGAGCCACAAUGGGCUCUAA